AUGCCUAUCUCGCUGUACCUUAUCACCUACAACUGCGCCCGACUCCUUCAUCCUCCAUCAUCUCUUUCCCCCCACCUCUUCUCCGCGCUAAGUCCCCUCUCCUCCGAGCCUCCGUCUUUAGUAGUCAUCUCUCUCCAAGAGAUAGCCCCUCUCGCUGCCUCAUUUCUCGGAGGAUCACAGUUGACAUCCUACUAUGCAACAUUUACAUCAGCUGUCCGCACUGCCACCAGGUCAGCGUUCAAUGAGGACUAUGCCCUUAUCGCCUAUAACAACGUCGGCCUAACAGCCAUAAUGGUAUUCGCACGUAAACCAACUCUCAUAAAGUCAGUAACCUAUGCAGCCGUCGGCCUCGGUUUCCUGUCGAUGGGGAAUAAAGGCGCCGUUGGUGUUCGCCUAACCCAUAAUCUCCCAUCGGACCCCAGUAAAACUGUGACCCUCACGUUCGUCUCCGCUCAUCUAGCACCUCACGAACACAACAUCAGCGCGCGAAAUGCGAACUGGGAAUCUCUCGUUAAGAAUCUGGUUUUUGCAGACCCAGCUGGCGACGAACAGAGUGUCUACUCUCCAUCCUCAUACCUUUUUCUCCUCGGUGACCUCAACUACCGCACAUCUUCAUCCCGGCCGGGAGAGCUUGACUAUCUCGUGUACCCGCAGCCCCAGGACAGGAUCAAUGACAACACGCACUAUCUACAGUUGUUCCUGCAGGAUCAAUUGAGCAUCGAGCGAAUGGCUGGGAGGGCUUUCCAGGGACUUGAGGAGGAGAAGAUUACUUUCCCACCCACAUACAAGUACAUAAUUUCGAGGCAAGAAAACGAAGGAGAGUACUGGGGAUGGAGUAAGAACCGCUGGCCUAGUUGGACGGACCGGAUCUUAUAUCUGCCAGCCGACGGGGUGGUGGUGCGUAAUUAUACGUCGAUCCCGCAGAUUCGGGGGUCAGAUCAUCAGGUCGUCGCUAUGCAUGCGGAGGUUCCUGAAGCACCGGUUGAGGUGGAACUGGUGGCCCCAUGGGGCAUUCAAGAGGGGUGGAGGGGCAGAAGGGCUACAGCUAGGAAAUUGGAAGUGAUUGUGGGAGUUUUAGCGUGGCUACUGGGAGGAACUGGGCGGGGUGUGUUGUUUGCCUUGUUGGUGGGUGCAGCUGGCGGAUGGUGGGUAGUGAGGGCGUGGGUCCAAGGAUAUAGGAGGUUAGAGUAG